AUGACUACCACUGAGCCAUCAGCCCGAGGUUUAGCAGCAAUGUCUCCGCCGGAAAAUCAAGCGGCGGGUGCACGCGCUUCAGAUCCGGUGCAGGCGCACUAUCUGACAACAUAUAAAGUACACUAUGAACCGAAACGUGCGGUAUCCCACGGCCAGGAAGAUGUUCCCAAAUUUUAUACAACAGUCGUACCAGAACACCUGGAGAGCUUCCCCACGUCAUUGAGCCUGGAAGAUUUCCCGCCACAUAUUGAGACACGGAGGAUCAAGAAAACGGCAGAAGAGGUGCGAAAUGAAUUCGAGACGACGUAUGCUGAAGCUUUCAGUGAGCGGAAUUCAGUCAAAAUCACCAGAAUGGACAGCCUGGCGUCCCCGACCCUUCAUAAGUCUACACCGACUUUGUUCCAGUAUUUGCCGCAGCAAGCAGGGCCAAAACCAAUGAUAAAAAAAGAUGACAUUCUACAGUUUGCUGCGAACAAUACGUUUAAGACGGUGUACAAGGAAAAAUUUUCCGAGACCGCCUCAGCUCAGAACCUUGGCAGGUCCAGCGACUCGACCGGGAUAGCCGAGAAAGAUGAGUUCAGAACCGAGCCUUUGAGCAGCUCACCCGCUUGGGGCGUGAGUGAGCGACCCCCACCACAUAUUCCAGGUCCUCAGUGGACUUACUCGGCUGAAAAAGCCCAGUCUUCAAUGGCCGAUCGAUCAACAUACGAAACGUCGUAUCAGUACAGAACACGACCCUGCGACGUGGUCUCGGACGCUGUGGACACUCCCAGGCACUACACCGUAUUGGGAACGGGUCAAAUUGUAACAGACCGCCGACAUGAUUCUUUUUCUCGUUAUGCGUCGCUUGAAAAAAAACGCCAAGAAGUUGAUGAAGCCGAGGCUGAGAGGAAUGCUGUAAACGCCGCUCUGGGGAUGCCUCUGAAGAAACCAAAUGCAACGGAUGUAUUCGUAGGAAGCACGCGCAGAAAAUCGCAGGACAGUCUUGUUCUUCGAGAAGACAACCAGGCUAGACGAAAUGCAGGGUUGAAUGCAUUCCAAGAGAGCGUCUACAAGUUUGAGCCGAAUAAGCCGCGAAUCAAUCUCGGGGUUCCAUACUGCCAGCCAUGGAAACCGCUGGUUCAUCUACAAUUCACUGUUCCGUCCCAAGCAUUCCCAGUCAGUUCAUCGAAGUCAGCUACAGCUGCUGACCGCUUCAUCCCACUGUCCCCUACGGCUCGGUUUGACGGCAGGAUGGCCGGGCUUAGGCGAAAGGGCCAGGAUCAAUGA